AUGAAGGCGUUUAACGCUUGGCGAAGUCAUGAUAGUGGCAAUAAAGGCUCGAAUGAUGCCGUCACAGAACUCCAACAAGUUAUUCUAAAGAAAGAUCUCAUGAUAUUGAGUCUACAGACGCAAUUGGAUGCGUACAUGGCGCACUUUGGUGCACUGCCGGUAGAUACUUUAAGCCAAUUAAAACAAUUCGAUGUCAUAACUGAAAGUUGUACCAAAGAAUUCGAUACAGACAGGAAGGAAUUAGCUGCUACGAGUGAAGAUUUACGACCGGAUGUGGAUACAUUGCAGAAUCCUGCAUCGAAUUCAUCACCAACGUCUUCUAUGCGAUAUCAAGCACCUUUGGACGUGAAUGAAGAGAGACUCGAGCUAUGUGUUGGUAAUAAUGUGGUAGUCGAUUUUGUACAAGAUUCGCCCGUAUUUCGCAGUCAAUUGGAAGAAUAUGAAGAGUCGAUUAAUGGCUUGAGAUUGCUAUUAAAAGAAGUGAUGAUACAUUCAAAGGAGUAUGCAACUGCAGGGAAAUAUUAUGGUGAAAAGGAGACGGCACUGGCACAAGAGUUGGUCCAGCGGAAACACACACGUGCUAUUUUUUCAACGAGUUUUCCGGAAUUAGGAAGUUUAUCCGAGUUGGUUGGAGAAAUGCACGACACAUUGGCACAGAUACAGAGCUCGCGUGUGAGUAUGUUGCUUGGUGUCGAGUCGUUGCUGAGCAGAUUGAUACAACAAUUUUCAGAGAAAGAAGUGAUGAAAGAGACGGGAGAGUUGCGAAAGGAUGUGAUGAAAUUAGGAGAUGAGUAUGAAACACUACUUGCAAAAUUGUUGAGCAAACCUAGACAGCCGGGGCAAUGUACCAAUGGAACAGCAACUCCUACUGGAUCGGGCGAUUUGAUUGGAACACUGGGGCUAGGCAGUCCUGCCUUGCUAGGAGGGAAAAACAAUGCAGUUGGUGAACACACAACUUUGGAAACACCACCAGCUUCUGCUUCGAGUGGUACUAGCAACAGUUUUCUAAGUUUGGAGCCAGGGCCAACGAUUCAUGGAAGUAAUGAUAAACAUCAGCGAGCACUGGAGCGAGAAGUGAUGAUAGCACGUCGACGGUUUGAACUGGCUCGUUUUGACCUGGUUCGGUACCUGAAUCGAAUUGAUUGCAUGAAGAAGCUUGUGUUAACGGAGUGCUUCAAUUCCAUUAUGUAUGCUCAUCUCGGUCACUUCCAUGCAUGUCACGAGUUGGUCAAGUCCGUGGAGCCUACGCUGCGUAAACGUCAAGAAAUGCUGCAAGUUUCACGCCAGGAUUUUGAACGAGAUGAGUUGAUGUGGACAUCACAGCGGGAGCUACUCGACAAACGGUUAUCGCAACAUGUUGACAUUGUCAGCUCUAACAUUGGGUCCAGUGAACCUUCGCCGGUGGCAUCAAGUGUGAUGAGUGCUGAUACAGCUGCGUUAAAUGAAUCAUUUCCAUCGCUUGACUUGCCUGUGGAGGUAAUCUCAACUGAUACCUCCAACAGCCGAGAGACUGUGGCCACUUCUCCUAGUGGUGCUGCAAAACAGGGCUAUUUGUUUGUUCGCAACUCGAUGUUUCCGACUAGAAGUUGGAAACGACGUUGGUUUCAGAUAUAUGCAGGCAAGCUGUUCCAGACUACAUCCCGUGGUGGCAGCAGCAGACAUUCUACAGAAACCAGCUUGACUCUUGUAUGCGAUUUGUUACUCGCUCGGGUGCGCGAAUUGGAGGGUUCAAGUCUUCCUUUCUGUUUUGAGGUUAUCGACGCGAAUCGCGCAAAAUUCUUACUGCAGGCAACCAGUGCUCGUGAUAUGAUCGAGUGGAUUGAGGCUGCACGCCACAGCACCGAAAGCGCUUUAGAAAAGCAAAGCCAUCGCCAGGAGGUGCAUCCGGAGCAACAGUCGGUCAUUGACGAGUUAGUUAAGGCAAAUCCAUACUGUGCAGACUGUGGACAGGAGCCAGCUGAGUGGGUAUCGAUCAAUAUUGGAUGCUUGUUGUGCAUUGAGUGCUCGGGAAUCCACCGAAGUCUUGGUGUGCACGAAUCUAAGGUACGAUCACUAACUUUAGACUCAUGGGAUAUGUCCCUGCUCACGCUGCUUCGUGACGAGCUCGGGAAUAACGCGGUGAAUGCAAUCUGGGAGCACACGGUGCCUGAUGGCUGGACCAAGCCGACACCAACGACGAAUUAUGACGAAAGGGCUCAAUUUAUUAAGGCUAAGUAUCAUUUCCGUAGUUUUGCCGAACCCAAUGCGACAUUGAAAGAUGGAUUAAAUGAUGAUGAUAGCGUACUAAAGCAAGAUUUGGCCAAGCGGUUUAUUGCUGGAACUUCACGUGGAAGUGUGAAAGAGUUGAUGUGGUGCUUAGCACACGGAGUAGACGUUGAUGUACGUGCUGGUGAGCAAAACGAAACGGCUUUACAUGUAAGCGCUGCCGCAGGUGCUGCGGCCUGUUGCAACUAUCUUGUGCUGAAUGGUGCGAGCUUGACACUAACCGACAAACGCGGGCGAUUGCCUUACGACGUUGCCAAUGCCGGGGGAUUUGAAGCCAUUGCACAUGCACUUACGCAGAAAAAUGAAUCUCAGACGGUAUUAGGUGACAUAGCAGACAGCACAAAUCUGACACAUGCAUCUGACUGA